AUGCCGUCAUUAUGCGUGGCCUCUCACGUCGCGGCGCUUCGUCCGCACAAUCUUUCGAGCCGCGCGCGGAUUCGCCCCGUCGCGCGCGCCCCGCGAAACCCGGACACGCGGCGACGUUCAGCCCCGGCGGUAAAGUUCGGCACCGCCGCCGCCGCCGGGUCCCGCCCUUCCCGCGUCCCCGACCGCCGCCCCGCGUCGCAUGAUGACCUCAUACGCGUCGACGACGACGCGAGCGACGUCCGCAGGCUUCGAGGGAACUGUUACGGCUGCGGCGUCGCGCUUCAGACGGAACGCGCGGACGUCUCCGGGUACGUCGAUCCCGACGAGUACGAGACGAAGCGCGUGCACAAGCAGCUGUUCGGGAUGAUGCUCUGCGCGCGGUGCGGGGACCUGAGCAACGGCGCGAUGGUCAACGCCGUCGCCGGGCAGGGCGGCGCGCGCAUGUCCCAGGGGCUCAUCACCCCCUCGCAGCUGCGGGAGCAGCUCACGCACAUCCGCGACAAGAAGGUGCUCGUGGUCAAGGUCGUCGACGUCACCGAUUUUCACGGAUCCUUCCUCAACCGCGUCCGCGACGUCGUCGGCGCCAACCCGAUCCUCCUCGUGCUCACCAAGUGCGACUUGUUACCGAACGGGACCGACUUGGCGCUCCUCAAGGAGUGGGCGCGACGGGAGGUGGAGGUGCGGCGCAGGCUCACGCUCGCGGGAAUCGAAUGCGUCUCGGGGCGAAAAGGCGACGGCGUGGAUAAAUCCGUCACGGCGAUGUUCGCCGAGCGAAAGGGCCGCGACGUCUACGUCAUCGGGAGCGCCAACGUCGGCAAGAGCACCUUCAUCCGCGCCGCGCUCAAGUCCAUGCGGGAGCUCGGGAACUUCGGCGUCCCCGCGAAGCGCCUGCCCACGGCGUCGGCCAUGCCCGGUACGACGCUCGGGAUAAUCCCGCUUCGCGCGUUCGAGGGCCGGGGGACCCUUUACGACACCCCGGGCGUUUUCCUGCACCACAGGAUGAACUCGAUCCUUCCCGGCGAGGACAUCAAGCGGUUCAAACUGGGGGGCAGCCUGGUCCGGUACGUCCCCAGGCGGCGGUGCGAUGAUGACGCGUCGGACGCGUCGGACCGAACGGAUUUCACGGGGCUCAGCUUGCUGUGGGGCCCGCUGAUCCGCGUGGACGUCGCGCUCGCGACGCCCGCGGCUGGGCUGGUGUUUUACGGCCCCAAGGGUGUGCGCGUCACCGUCGUGGAGACGUCGAGUCUGCCGGACCCGACGCUGGCGCAGGCGGCGGCGGACCGCGAGAGGGACGAGAGGCGCGCCGCGAUGGCCGAAAAGGCGGCGAUUUCUCGGGGCGCCGGCGGCGACGACGACGGCAGGGUUCGACCCGAGGAGGACGACGUCGGGAAAGGCGCGGGCGAUGACGCGUCGUCGUCGGCGGCGAGCGCGUCCGCCGUCGAUGCCGUCGCGGAGUGGCGCGCCGAGAGCGCGUCGUCGCCCGCCAGGAUGACGCCGUACGGGAGCAACUCCGACUUUACCGAAGAAGAGUCUCCAGUCGAACCCUCGGUGGACGCGACGGGCGAUGGACGAUUCGGCUUCUGCGAGAGGCUGGUGAAGGAGCUCAAGGUGAACUCGCCGGAGGGUUCGACGGGGGCGUACGGUGGCGUGGUGGACCUGUCGGUGUCCGGGAUGGGCGGAUGGAUCCGGGUGGUUCGGGAGAGUCGCGUCGGGGCGUGCGAGAUGACUGUGAGGGUGUGGGGACCGAGGGGACUGGAGGUUUUCGCGCGCGAGCCCAUGCCCACGGGGCUGUAG